AUGGAGCAACACUGGGAGAUGCAAAACAGGUCGGUGAAGAAGCUCUAUCAGGUUGGGAAGAUGAAGAUGUUCGUGAGACUCAAGAGGCUGUAUGAUGAUUGGAUUUUCAAAGUGGUUUGCAAGAGCUUGGUGAGGGACAAAGAGCAUGAAGCUCGGGAAGCCGGAUUCGAGGUAAGGGUCCCUAAUGCUGUUGAGAGAAGAAUUCUGGAGUAUACUUUGGGGGAUGGAGGUUACAACACAGUUUUUCAACUCCGCAGACUUUCAGAGUCCUUUAUCAAGCAGAUGGAUCACAUGGUCGAGGAAUUUGAAACCAUGAAGCUAACUAUCGAGGAAUCGGUCACUCUGUUGAUGUUUCUCAGUUGGAUGUACCCUAGUGGAAUCGUCACAAUGUUGUUGUUGAAGACCAUGAUGUGA